AUGGCGGUAGUCGGACGUAAGGGCGCCGACGAACUUAGUGAGGAGGCCAAUGACACCCGCCGCGCUCGACUCCCCAAAAUCACGUUCGAGCAUGCGCCAGAUCUCGGUGGCAUGCGCCAGAUCUCGGUGACACGAAUCCGGCACACCAGUAAGCCACGACUCGUACAACACGUCACACACGGCACGCUUGGCGUUUUGGGCGUCAACGCGGGCCUUAAGCCAGCGCUUCUGCAGCUCACCACGGAAGGCGUCCAUCCAGGUUUGGAAGUCCUCACGCUUGUCACUGAAUACGACGCGUUGGAUGUCGGACUUGUCGGAGUUCAUACUUGA